CUUCGAACGACUCGUUUCAGUUUGUCGGUGGUCGGAAAUAACACGUACAAAAGUCUAGAUAUGUCGGGUGAAAAUAUAUGGCAACUAUUUGUGAAAGGCAUACAAGGAAAAACAAACCUUCUGCGUAUCCAUAAGGAUGCAUCAGUGCUUGAAUUGUUUAACAAAAUAUCAAAAAUUAAUGGAAUUCCAGUGGAAGAGCAGAGAAUUCUUUUUGCAUCCAAGCAGCUGGAACCCAGAUGCAGGAAAACACCUGGCCGAUUACAACAUACAGAAUGAGUCUACUUUGUUUGUGGUUCUGCGGUUGAAUGGAGGCUCGGAGCCAGAACCAAAGCAACUGGAUGAAGAUGUGGAGCUCACUAAUGCCCCCGACAUGAUCACCUGGGAUGAUGACCCGGAAAGCAAACGAGCAAAGAUGCCCUGUGGACAUGCAAUAGGUAGGAUUUGGUUGAGGAAAAUGAUAAUACAUUAAAAUGGUGAUUUAUUUUCCUUUUGCCAAAAUGAAGUUUGGGAAUGUAAUCUAGACAAUAUGCUAUACGAACUGGGUAAAAGAUCUAAAUCCUAUAAAAGCUAGAUGUGUACUUUCUCAGAAAAUGGGGAGUGGUGCUUGCAGUGCAAAGAAGCGAGUACAACAUAACCUGGAGAAUGUUUUGCUUUUGUAUUAGGACAAUAAAAAUUAUAAACUCCCUGA